AGCGGAAGUUCGAGUUUAGCACCAUUUGUGGUAAGAAAAGGCCUAACUCCGGCGUGUGAAGGUCCUGUAUCCAAGCAAUUUAGAGAUUCCAAGUGACCAUUUCUAAUGAUUAGAGAGAAUUAUGGACAACCAAACCGGAAACAAGAACCAAAUACCCUGUCAGUCAUGGAUGGGUCCGAAUGGCUGGUCCACUACUUCAAGUCAAAGACCCCUCCUCAAUCCACUGGGCAGCUCACAGCAUCUCAGCUAUGACCACCUGCAGGUGUCUGGUCAGAGCUGUUUGAGUGAUCCCAAUGCCUCAAACAACUCCCAUCAUUCUGCCAUGUACAAAGUCUCCCACAUUAGCAACAAUCCAUCAUCCACAUCAUUAUUUGCCAACACUGCUAUUCCGAGUGCCUCCUCCCUUGUUUCCUUUGCUCAUCAAAACCCUCACAAUUCAUCAGCUCUGCUAACAGCAAACCCACAAAAAACUUUAACUUCAUCCCAUCCCCAACCAAAUCAAGGAUUACUCAGUGGGUCCCAGCAUUUAGCUUUUCUUUCACCCCAUGACCCCUACAAAGACCCAUUUCCCCCUUCACUGACCAGUCAGGGUUUACCAGGGGGGAUUCAAGGUCUGUCUAUGAGCCUUCCAUCAUGUGGACAACGUAUAAACACAUCUCAGGCUUCUUUGGAAAGACCUAAUAUGGAGUCUGUUGGUGCUGCUGAAAUUUACACUCACAGCUAUGGCCCGUCCACUUCUCAGGAGCAACCACAGUGGACACCUUCAACUCACUGUGUGGGGGCUGUGAACAAACCUGUCCCCAGUAUCGCUGCUCAUUCUAACCGUCAGCCAUCGCAGAAGAGCAUGAUCACACCGCCCAACAAUAAGAGGCAGCGUUCAGUUAUUUUACAUCACCGGGCACAACUACUUAAACAACUGGCAGAGAUGAAUAAACUUCUGGAUUUAAUACCUCCAGAAGACGUUAGUGAGCGGGAGUCUCUAAAUACAGCUGUUCAGUCACAGCUUUCUGCAGAUUGCUCAUCGCCCGCAUCCUUUGAUGAACACAAUGAUCAAAUUUCAACAGAGGCAUCAGAGAAAAUAGAAGAGCCAUCAGAGGAUGAAACUGAUCCUGAUUACUCACCAAGUGGUGAUGGUGACUCCUCUGAUUUGCAAUCUGACUCUGACUGGUGCUCUUCAGAAGAAUCUUUGCACAGCUCUUCCUCUCUCUCCAUGGACGAUGAACCUCAAGUCAAAAAGAAAGCAAAAUCACAAUGUUUUUUGUCCAAGGACAAAAGUUCAAAAAAGGCUCCUCCAGUUAAAUGGAAGACGUCCUCUGAAAUUGUGGUGUUGCCAGCCUCAAAGGUGAAAGCUCACCGCGACUACAACAAGAAGAACUACUGUUUGUUUUGCUCCCAGCCACAAACCAAACUAUCAAGGCAUUUAGAGAGAGUUCACAGUGACAGAGCCGAGGUUGCAGUUGCAUUUCAGUACCCCGUAAUGUCCAGAGAAAGAAAAAAGAUAUGGAGGAAUUUAAUGAAUCAAGGGAACUUUAUACACAAUAAGGAUGUUUUGAGAACGGGAAAGGGACUGCUUGCUGUCCAAAAAAGGCCCCCCAAACCAGGAACAGCUAAAGACUUUCUUCAUUGUCUUCAUUGUCACGGUCUUUUUUUGAGGAAAGCUUUGAACAAACACAUGAGAAAAUGCCCAGAGAAAGUAAAGACUGAAAAUGAGUCUCAGUAUGGAAACAAGCGCGUGGCUUCACGAUGUGCGCUUGAAAUCUUAGAUCUUGGCAUAAGUGAUGGCUUUAAAUCCAUCCUUUGUGAAAUGAUAUAUGAUGAUGUGACACAAGCUGUCAUUGAUGACGAGAUUCUCUUGCAGUUUGGAGAGCAAAUGUUUAAUCAUUACGGUGCUGACGUGAAGAAGCAUGAUUAUAUUAGGCAAAACCUUCGUCAGAUAGCGAGACUUGUUCUUGAAGCUCAAAAAACCACCCCUCUGAGAAACCUGGAGGACUUCUUUUACCCCUCAAGCUUCCGACAUGUGGUGUCCGCAGUGAAAGUCCUAGCAGGUUAUGACCCAGAAACCAAAACAUUCCGCGUUCCCACACUAGCCCUCAAACUUGGCUAUCACCUACAGAAGGCCUGUAGCAUUGUGGAGAGUAAUGCAGUGAAGUCUGGUGAUGAAAAUCUGGCAAAGUCUGCGCAAAACUUUCUCUCUGUGUACCAGAAGAAAUGGAAUAUGCUCGUAUCUUCGGGUGCAUUAAAAGAUAUCAAAGAAACAAAAAUGUCCACUGAUAAGGAAGUGCCAUUCGCUCAGGAUGUAAAGCUCCUGAAUUCCCACUUGGAGACUGUCCAUGAACUUGCAGAGAAAACCCUCAUAGACAACACCACUGUUGAAAACUAUGCUGCUCUGGCCAAGGUGCUACUUGCUCGUGCAAUUGUUUUCAACAGGAGAAAACCAGGAGAGGUAGCAACGAUUCAGCUGACGAGUUUUAUGUCACGGAAAAAGUCAGAGAUGCUCGAUAACAUGGACGUAGCCGUCACAGAUUUGGAAAGAAGAAUGUGUGGGUUUUUCACUAGAAUUGACAUAAGAGGGAAAUGUGGAAGAAUGGUUCCUGUCCUAUUAAAGCCCUCAUUCGUGUCUGGUUUGGAGCUUCUUGUAAAGACUCGGGAGACGAUUGGAGUCCCAAGUGAGAAUCUCUACCUCUUUGGCCGACCAAGUGUGCUGACUGCCUACAAAGGGACAGACUGCGUCCAGAAAUAUGUCAAAGAAUGUGGUGCUAAAAACCCUGAAGCAAUGACAACAAGAAAGAUUCAGAAACAUUACACAACAAUGCUGCAGUUGAUGAACAUGGAUGACGAGGAGGCUAACCAAAUUUUCGGCCCUAAUCAUCAAGUCCAUAACCUACAUCAAAACAGCGACAUGCAGCUGUAUGGUGGUGAAAGCAUCUCUGAAGGAACACUACUACCUGAAACAGGACAAGCAGUAUGGCGUCACAAGAUGCUCUGCGCGUCAAGUUAUGGACACACAAACUUAAACAGUCAACAACCACAGGGAGCAACAACAGAGGUUCAACACAAGGGCCAUCAUAAAUGGGAAGAAGCAGAGGUCCGUGCAGUUGAACGACACAUGAUGCAAUUCAUUUUAGAGCACAAGGUGCCUCAGAAAAAUGACUGUGUUCAGUGUCUUGAGGCUGAGCCAAAAGCACUGAGCACCCGUUCAUGGAAGGGUGUGAAGGACUAUGUCAGAAACAGGAUCACAGCCCUAAAAAGGGAAAGUGGCAUUUUCCAGGUUUCACCCGGAAACGGCAAAAGAGCCAGGCAAGUGGAGCCAGAGCAGAAUAGUGCACAUGGUGCACAUGGUGAACAUGGUGAACAUGGUGCACAUAGUGCACAUGGUGCACAUAGUGGACAUACUGAACUUAGUGAACUUGGUGGACAUAGUGGACAUUUUCCACAUUUCUAGAGUAUAGCAUUUCAGUGAAAGCAAAACCUGUUGAGCACCUUUUUAUGUUUUUAGAUAAGUCAAGUAAUUUCAUUGUUUAUGCUUGAGGUUGAUGGUUUUUACUUGUUUCAAGUCAUCAGUGUUGAUUAUAAGAUGUCUCUGUGUGAUUUUAUUUCAUGUUAUUCAGCUCAUUAAGACACAGACAGCCCAGAAAUACUGACAAAUGAGGUGUCAAACAGAUUGAGCUGGUGGAUAUUAUUUGGAGCUGGACUUUUACUUCCUAAGUUAUCUAGUAUAAUGUAUUUUGUUCUGUUUAGUAUCCGUCUUUGUUGACAUUGUAACACGUUUAUCAAGGAUAAAGUGUCAAAAAUAAUAUUCUAACAGUUUAUUUGAAUUAUAAUUAAAAUAAAACGGCCAUCUGUAGUA